CAAACAUGUCGACUCCACCACCCUACAAGCAGAUCCGUGCCAGCUACAACGCAGACACAAUCACCGUUUACCAAGCAUACAACCGCGCCAUUGCCACCGCCGCCGUCGCCGAGCAGAAGCUGCACGCCUCGCCGGCAUUCAAGCCCACGCGGAUGACAUGGAUCAAGCCCAGCUGGGCGUGGAUGCUCUACCGCGCCGGAUACAGCUACAAGGAUCCGGGGCAGGAGCGUAUCCUGGCGUUGAAGAUGAAGCAUGCGGAUCUCAUCAGGCUGCUCGAAACAGCGGUCUUGACCACAGCGCAUGGCAGCGAACCUGAGACAGCAGGCGUUGUCGAGGCACCCCAAGCCGCAGCCGGAGCGAAGCCCAAGUCAGCCAACGUCAAAGUGCAGUGGGACCCCGAGCGGACGGUCCGCUUGGAGAGGCUCGAGUAUCGGAGUAUUCAGAUCGGUAUCCCGGCAGCGCUCAGCCCCACGUGGACUGAGAAGUGGAUAGUGAGCAUCGAAGACGUGACGGAGCGGGCGAGGGAGCUGAAGCGCGUGCUGGAUGAGAGGCAAGACGUGACGGAGAAAGAGCUUGUCGAUAUGGGUUUAGUGCCAGUAGAGAGGCCGUUUGAGAUCCCAGAGAGCUUGCAAUUAUCGCUCGGUAUGGUCCUGAAAUAAAAUAUACUGCAUGGAAUGUAAACUAUGUUGUCUAAAAGUAUAUCAGUGAUAGGCUUCAAGGAGGCAACAGAUGCCCCCUGCCAUCAAGCCUGCUAUUCAAGCGUCGUCUAGGGAGGCUCAUCUUAAGAGAUUCAAAAAAGGCAAGUUGGACUCGAGAGCAAAUCCCGAGGCAUCAUUGGUUUAUGCGUAAAAUAAUAUUUUAAAGGAUCAAAUGUGGGAUUUUCGCACAGGGGCUUGAGGGAAAGAAGGAUCAAUCCACUUUUCCGCGACGGCCUCCUUCGUUGUUGUA